AGAUGCCUUUGCUAUCAGAUCAUUUCUCUUCCCCUCUUUUUACUUAUUUAUUGACAAUAAAAAUGAAUUAAAUCAAUUUCAUGAUUACGAUGUCAGAUUUCAUCCUAUAAAAGAACUCAGAAAUAUCUGGUUAAUUGAAUAAACAGAAUCCAAUUUUUGGAUCAUUCGAUCAUUAACUAACCCUAAUCAAUAUCUAUUCGCAGUCUAAGAUGAACCUCAAAAUAACUAAAGCUUUCCAAUUAGAACUCACCCAUUCCUAGAAGAUAGAAAUAAGAGGGUAAUUGAUGGAUUAUUAUAACAAUGAAUACUUGUAAUGA